GCGCUAUAUAUUUAUUGACAAAAUAUUAAAUGAAAAUUUGGCCUUUUGGGAUAGGCCUAGAGGAUAGGCCUUUAGUUGUUAUUGUAUUUUUAAUAAUGGCAGAAGAGGAAAAUUUUUACAUUCAGCUGUCACCAAAACCAACACGGUUUGAACCUGUCACCAAAGUCUCCAACGUGUUUUUCGAUGAAGCUAAGCGCCAGGUAUUUGCUGUACGUUCUGGAGGAGCAACAGGUGUAGUGGUCAAGGGUCCAGAUGAAAAAACCAGCACAAGUUUUAGGAUGGAAGACAAAGGAACAGUGCUAUCAAUCAAGUUUUCUCCAGAUAUGAAUAUUCUGGCAGUUCAAAGAUCACACAGAACUGUGGAAUUUAUAAAUUUUGUUGAUUCCAAAGUUGAUAAUGUGGAGUAUUCUCAAAGUUGUAAGGGAAAGAAUACUCGUAUUAUUGGGUACAACUGGACGAAUGAUAAUGAGAUUGUGUUCAUCACAGACCAUGGAAUCGAACUCUACCAGGUUUAUCCGGAGAAGAAAAGUCUCAAGUCCCUGAAAAGUUUCAGUUUGUCUGUAAAUUGGUUUGUGUAUUUGUCUGAAAGUAGUUUGCUCCUUUUGUCAUCUGCACCCCUUGGCAACAUCUUCAACCCAUUUCUCUUUAAGCAAGGUGUAAAUAUUGUCAAGUUGCCUAAAUUUGAAGUGGAUCUUCCUGUCAUACCGAAGCCUCCUAAACUUUCCUUGUUAGAAAGAGAUGUCUCCAUUGGGAAUAUCUAUGGUAUUUUGUACAUCAUUGUGCUGAGACAUCAGCCGAGAGGACCAAGCAACAAAGGGGCAGAGGUUGUACUGUAUCAGCUUCAAAAGGAAUCACCAGCCAAGAAGACAGAUGUCCUUAGACUUGAUAUGAGUGGAAGAUUUGCUGUUAAUGUUGUUGAUAACCUAAUUGUUGUGCACCAUCAGGCAUCCAAGACGUCAUUAAUCUUUGAUAUCAAGCUACCGACACAAGAGAAUGACAACUACGUAAACUACCACUACCCAGUACUGGCCCCCCUUCCCAUUAAACCCUUCACACUACGUGUUGCUGGGGUUCCAACCGCUGCACUUCCUGAUGCUACCCAAGUGAACUGUGAACUUUAUUCUCCAAACUGGGUUGUGUUUCAGCCGAAUAUUAUCAUUGAUGCAAAGCUAGGAUGUCUGUGGCAUGUGUGUCUCAAACUGGAACCAUUAGUCACGAUGAUCCCAGACAAGUGUCGUUUGAUCGAUUUUCUUCUGCUGCGUACUGAAUGUAAAAGUGUAAUUUUGAGGGUUUGUAGACAAGCUCUUGUGCCUGGUCAACAAUGUAAUCUAGCAACCAUCGCUAGGAUGUUUGACAAGCUCAACCAUGUUUAUAGGAACUACUUAGAAAUUGAACAAAAUUCACAACAGGUUGCUGAUGCUGGUAUGUCACGCAGCGUUUAUAAGCGACCAGUCAGAAGCCAAGCUGUAAUAGAUCAGUCAGAAAUGUACACGCACGUCUUCUCAGUGUUUGAUGAUGUCAAGGAAAUAAAGUACAAGUUCAUAGUUGCUGUACUCGUGGAAUACAUGAGGUCAUUAAACCACCUGCAGAUACCUGUCCAGCAUUAUCUCUAUGAGCUUGUGAUCAACACCUUAGUUCAGAACAACUGCUUCUACCAGUUGCACCAGUUCCUGCAGUACCAUGUACUGAGUGAUUCCAAGCCUAUAGCUUGUUUACUGCUGUCACUAGAGGCUGUCUACCCUCCUGCCUACCAACUUGCUCUUGAUAUGCUUAAGAGGGUCACAACUGCAAAUGAAGAAAUCAUAGAAGUCUUACUAUCUAAAAAUCACCUUCUCCAAGCUCUGAGGUUUCUGCGAACUGUUGGUCUUGUUGAGGGCGCUUCAGCAAGGAAGUUCUUAGAAGCGGCUUUGAAUACAGGAGACAACAGCUUGUUCUACACAGUUUUCAAAUUCUUUGAACAACGAAACAUGAAGCUAAGAGGCAAUGCUAAGUUUAUGCCAGGAGAGCACUGUGAAAAAUAUGUAAAAAGAAUGGAAGCCAUAUAUGGAAUGAAGUCAAUCUCAGUAAGCAGCUGAUGCAACCAGGGGAUGACACAAGACUACUAUGAAUCUAUGAAGUUCUGAUAUUAUAGUCUGAAAGAUACUUGGCUUCUAUUGCAGGGACAUGUGUUCAAAUCAUACAUUGGCCAGCAUUUUAAAAACUCAUAAUCGUUUGCAUCAAGGCUUCAAAAAGAUCAGAUUUUUCUACUCAGCAAAAAACUCAAAGGCAUUGGCUCACUAAGGGCUGGUUUCUGCUGCCAAAAAAAUACCGUAUAUAUACGGUAUUUUUUUUUGCAGCAGAAACUGGGUUUAUACCGUAUUUUUCCCCACUAUUUUUGUGGAAUUAUUCCGGUAUUUUGCAACAGAUACCGUAUUUUUCAUACCCCAUUUCUGCUGCCUAUAAAAAUACCGUAUUUUUUAUGACCCCUGACUUGAGGUCAAGAGACAACAGAGCAUGACACUUGUUGUGUUUUGAUUUUUCUGUCAGCUUGUCGAAAUGAAUGAAACCAUGUUAAUCGAGAAGAAGGAAACUCACUACACAGGUCAAUUCAAACUUCCGUCUCAUGAAAGGCAUUUUGGGUAAUAAAGGGGACCGUUUGAACAAGACCAAGAAGUACUUUUAGCAGAAACGGCACACUGGGUAUAUUUAAUACCGUAUUUUUAGGAAAAGCAGCAGAAACAAACUCAAAAUGGCGGUUAUAAAGCACAAGGUUACAAGUCAAUUUAGCCCUUAACUUUCCAAGCCAUGUUGAAAGAAUUGGUUAUUAAGUAUCAUUGAACUAAGACUAUCAGAUCUUUACUGCUCAUACGUCACCAGAGAGACUUGGUUAUAGAGCACCUGAGACCUGUUCUAAAUGAUCAAAAUUACCUUGUAUGAUAAAAAAAGUAAAUAAUUAUUUAGAUUGUGCUCUAUAAUAUUGCAUUUUCGUUUAGGCAGUGGCUAUUGUUACUCCAGUCUUAAACCAGUUCUUAAUUCUGAUUAGACAUUAUUGUAUGUAUGCAUUGGAUUAGGAUAACAUCCAAUCAAAAUUAAGAAUUGUUUUAAAACUGGUGUAACCCGAACCAUUGCUAUCUAAUGCCAAUUUCAAUUGGAAUGUAUAGUAAAGUAAAGGUAUUGUUGAUAUUCUCCAAUUUUAUGUUUAAUAUUGUAAUUUAAUAAUUAUAAUUAUGGUUAUCAACAAAUUAUAUUAAAUAUAUGUUUAUUAUUUUAUACACUA